AUGAACAAGGGUGUCAAAUGUUGGGCCCGGUCGUGUCUUAGCCUCCAGCGCAACAAGGUGCAGCGUCACAACAAGUCCCCACCAGGCACUUUUCCUAGUCCCGACGCGCGUUUCUGCCAUGUGCACCUGGAUUUCGUAGGCCCCUUGCCUCCAUCCAAUGGUUUCACCCACUUCCUUGCCUGUGUCGAUCGAUAUACCCGCUGGGCUGAAGCUAUUCAUUUGCCAAAUGUUCGGGCUGAAACCAUCGUGAAGGCCUACGUCGGACGUUGGCUUGCCAUGUUUGGAGCCCCGUUCACGGUUACGACUGAUCGUGGUGCCCAGUUUCAGUCGGCACUCUUCCGAAAGCUACUCAAUUUCCUUUGCUGCACAGGCAUUCGGACGACAGCCUACCACCCAGCUGCCAACGGUAUGUUGAAACGCCUCCAUCGUCAGCUAAAGACCGCUCUGCGCGCCGGAGAAGACCUAGGGAAACUGGUCGGACAACCUUUCUCUUGCACUCCUCGGCAUCCGCGCAGCUCUGAAGUCGGAUCUCGGCUGUAG